AUGUCCUCCAGCGCGCCCUGGCCACGUGAGCACGGCAGCCCGAGGUGGGAAGAGGCGCAGAGACGGGGCCUGCUCCUGUCCACAGAGUUGGCUGUUCAGUCAUCCCAGGUUACAGGAUCUCUGCUUGAGGAGACAACUCGGAAGUGGGCUCAGUACAAGGAUAAGUGUCUGCAAGACUUACUCAAUGAACCUUCUGAGAGCUCAGGAAGGGCCUACAGACACUGCCUGGCUCGGGGGACUUGGCAGACACUAGAGAACACCACAGAUAUUUGGCAAGAUGACUCUGAAUGCUCCGAGAACCACAGCUUCAAACAAAACGUGGAUCACUAUGCCUUGUUGUCAACCUUGCAGCUGAUGUACACCGUGGGAUACUCCCUCUCUCUUAUCUCCCUCUUCCUGGCUCUCAGCCUUCUCUUGUUUCUCCGGAAACUCCACUGUACUCGCAACUACAUCCACAUGAACUUGUUUGCAUCGUUCAUUCUGAGAGCCAUGGCUGUGCUGGUGAAGGAUGUCGUCUUCUCCAACUCCUACUCCAAGCGGCCCGACAGUGAGAACGGGUGGAUGUCCUACCUGUCCGAGGUGUCCACCUCCUGCCGCUCUGUCCAAGUCCUCCUGCACUACUUCGUGGGCGCCAACCACUUAUGGCUACUGGUCGAAGGCCUUUACCUGCAUGCACUGCUGGAGCCCACAGUGCUUCCUGAAAGGCGGCUGUGGCCCAGAUACCUGGUGGUGGGUUGGGCCUUCCCUGUGCUAUUUGUUGUCCCCUGGGGGGUUGCCCGUGCACUGCUGGAGAACACCGGGUGCUGGGCAACAAACGGGAAUAAGAAAAUCUGGUGGAUCAUCCGAGGACCCAUACUGCUGUGUGUGACAGUCAACUUCUUCAUCUUCCUGAAAAUUCUCAAGCUUCUCAUUUCUAAGCUCAAAGCCCAUCAAAUGUGCUUCCGAGAUUAUAAAUACAGAUUGGCAAAAUCAACACUGCUCCUCAUUCCUCUAUUGGGAGUUCAUGAGAUCCUCUUCUCUUUCAUCACUGAUGACCAAGUUCAAGGAUUUUCCAAACUUAUACGACUCUUCAUCCAGUUGACACUGAGCUCCUUCCAUGGAUUCCUCGUGGCCUUGCAGUAUGGCUUUGCUAAUGGAGAGGUAAAGGCUGAGCUGUGGAAGUCCUGGGUCCGCUUCUUGCUUGCCCGACACUCAGGCUGCAGAGCCUGGGUCCUGCGGAAAAACUUCCGGUUCCUGGGAAAGUGUCCCAAGAAGCUCUCAGAGGGAGAGGGCACCCAGAUGAUACACAAGCUGCAGGUCUCACCAGACAGCUCACACUUGGCCUUGCAGGGCGUGGGGAGGCUGGUUACCCGGCCUCACCAGGGCCAUACCGUCUGGCCCCGGGGCAUCAGCCUGUCUGAGAGCAGUGAGGGAGACUUCACCCUGGCCAACACCAUGGAGGAGAUUCUGGAAGAGAGUGAGAUCUAAGGCAGAGGACUCCACUCCAGCUCUGCAAACCUGGGGUCUCCUGAGAAGCACAAGGACACAGGAGGCAAAGCAGGAUGGAUGUGACCAAGUACAGAAUCAUUCUUUCCUAUGCCCUAUGCCCAUUUGGAUGUGAGGUCUAGGUCCAGGUCCUUCAAGCUCUGUAUGAACAAACUUGUGUGGAGCUCGCAGCUUCUGCCCUGCUUUAUGUCAUCCUUUUAACCCCCACCACUGUGUUUUCAGAAUGACCACUGGUCUGGGGAGGCUGGCCCUAAAUUCAAGUGAAUGGAACCCCGGGAUGCAGAGAAGCCUCUUGUUAAAUAGAGUCUAGCCAGUGUCCCUUGCUUUCCUUCUCAGGGCACAUGGUUUCUUUGAGAGGUUGGGUUUAGGAUGCAUGAGACCUUUCUAAGCAAUACAGAAUUUCAGGCUCAUGAUGGAAAGUCUAAAAGAGUGAAUAUGGGAUGACGGCUGAAAAUUGGAAUUGUCUAACAAGGCUCUCAGGAAUUCUGAUGCAAGCCCACCCUUGGAAAACAUUGGGCAGGGUGUGAGGGAACGUUUUGCUGGCAUGGUCCACCGCAGGGUGAAGUGGCAUACGCUGCAUCUGCAGCCCGGUUGUGAAACACCUGCUCCUUGGACAGUGCAUGAUCCCUUGUCACCCACCAGAUCUUGCUCCUUCAUUUCUUCUCUUUUCCCCACCUGUUGAGUCUUAUCUUCCUCUCUGCAUCUCAGUUCUCCAUCUAUGGUCAGCAGAGACUUUGUUUGAGCCAUCACAACCUGCCUUUCCUUGGACAAUUGUCCCCAGCUCUCUGCAACCUUCCAAAUGUCAUCACUGGUUCUCUCUCUCCUUUUGGGCUCUCCCUGCCUUUCCAAGCUUGGCUUCUAUAAGCCUGACUUGCUGUACCUUCCUCAGGGCUGGGAGGCACCCUCUCUACUUGGCCUCUGAUGAGUUGAUGGCGAUGCCUUUCGCUCCGGCUGUUUAUCCACUACUUUCCCUGACCUCAGGCCCUGUUGGUAAGAACUCUGCUCUCCAGUGGAUACCAUUGAGUAUCCCUGAAAAAGCAGAAGGUACGUAGGUAAAGCAAAAGACCCUGGCACUGAGAGGCCCAAGACUAUAUGAGUUGUGUACCAGAAUCUGACCUAGGGAGGUUGGGGAGGACAAGACAGUAGAGAUCAGGUGCAGUGGCUGAGCCCCAAAGCAAGUGUUUGAAGGAAGAGGAAGAGAAGACUAGGCCAUGGUAGUAUUGUGUUCAUGUCUAGGAGUGUCUCUUUUAUAGCGUAUAAAGUUUAUGUGCAAGUGGGUGAGGUAUGUUGCUGUGGAGAUAAGUACCGUUGCACGUUGUGUGUGGGAGCCAGGUACAUGUGUGAUACUUUCCAUGAAGGGCUGCCAGAUUUAGAAAACAAAAACAAAAACUGAGCUGAAUGCAGAGGAACUUGCCUAUCAUCUCAGCAUUUUGAGAGGCUGAGGCAGGAGGAUUGCAAGUUUGAGCUCAGCCUGACCCAUCUAGUGACCUCGCAAAACCCUGUUUCAAAAUAAAAAAUAUUAGGAAUGUAGCUUAAUAUGAAGGCCCUGGAUUCAACCCCUAGUACCUCAAAAGUAAUACACCAAAAACAUGAUUCUGGAUUACAUUUGAAUUUCAGACAAUCAAAUCAGCCUCUUGUAUAAGUAUAUUCCAAUGGGUACAUAUCAUCUGAAGUUUGAAUUUAAUCAUGCACACUCUCUUUUACCUGGCAGCUCUGUCUUCCAGGAUACUUUACAGUAGGGCCAGGACAAGCUUGAGACCAUUACAAAAUUCACCUCUAAGAACCUCAGUGAUCAGAAUAAAUUGCACUUUCAUGUAAUAUUUUAAAAAGUCAAAUCCACAAAUUACAGCCCAUGAGUUACAAAAAUAAAUUUCAUUGGCACCAGGCUCUGACCUUGACUUUAUCUGAAAUAGUAAUAUUUUGUUCAUGAGGAACUUCGUGACACUAAUUUUGAUUUUUAAAUUAUUGCAUUGAAGUGUUCUCGAAAAGUUCUUCGAAAAGUUCUCGAAAAGUUCUUCACCAAAAGAUGAAGUCUUUUGGUGCCCCCUUGAAUUUUAUACUGUUCCCACCUCUGGCUUGCAGGAUGGGGACAGAAGCCAAGGUAUCGGGCAAGUGCAUAAUGAAGCAGUUUUAUUUUUGGUGUCCAGAGUAUGCAUAGUUCAGACAUUGAAAUACACCUCCUGCUACUUUUCUCGUUGGCUGAAAAUGUCCCUCCUUUGGCCCAUCGGUUGAUCACUCCUGGAAAGCUGAGACCAUCUCCUAUUCCCAGCACACAUCCAGCAUGGAGGGCCGGCUAGAGUAGGUACCUGGCACACAGCCCUCAAGAGAGGCGGGACUGGAAGUUCUCCAGGGAGCGCCGGAUGCUGUCAGGAGAAAGUCAUCAAGGAUCCUGCCACGAGGAGGAGAAACUUUAUUCUUUCAAAGUACUUGUAAAUAUAUUGUCCCACAGGUCUACAAAUGGGGUGGUCCACCCACACUGCUUGCUCUCACCCUGCUAAUGAUUAAAACAAAUUUAUUUAAGCUGAUUUGCAUUUUGUCCAUUCUUUUACAUUUGUCUCUCCUGGAGCUGAGAGUCUCUCAGGUGUCUGGAGAAUCUGGUGCACUCUUUCUGAACA